CCUAAAUAUACGCUAUAAAGAUAAGGAGAGGAUGACGACAGCAUGAAAACACCAUUCCUUUUAUCUAAAUGAAAGUGCCAGACAGAGGUUCAAUUAAACAGGAUGUAGUGUCUAUCCAGGACAGCAUUCUGCUCAUAUCAUAAUCUUCUGUCUGAACAUAGAUUCAGACUUCACACAUUUAGACUCAUGGGAUUCUCUGUGAUAAUCCGUUAUUAGCCUUUAAUACAUUGCUGAUUCCAUGAUCACUAGCUCCCUCUGAGCUUUGGGUACUGUUCAAUACAGCACAGAUUGACCAGGAAAGCGCUCCGAGAGCACAGACCUCCGCCAACAGAAAACAUAACCGCCUCCUGGAUCCAGACUGUGAUACGAAUCACUCCCAAAAUGUAAUAGAUUCUUCCUUGGGUCAUUUCAGACCUUUCCUGAAAAUUUUAUCAAAAUCCAUCCAUAACAUUUUGAGUUAUCUUGCGAACAGACAAACGAACAAACAGACAGACAGACCAAAAAACCAGCAAACAAACCCUGAUGAAAACAUAACCUCCUUGGCGGAGGUAAUAACCAUACAUGUGGCGGCCCUCUGCCUCCUCUGGGUCCUUCAGAAUGGAGCCUUCAUCAUUUUUUCAGCACCCAAAAAAUUAUAUGCUGUCUGCCAGAACACAGACAUAGUGUUGUGUGUUCGUCACCUGUGAAUGACCCUCUAACGCUGACCGGGCCCCUUGAUCGGGUCAUGCCCACCAGUGCCGGUCAUUCUGAGAAUGUCAGUGAGAAAGUGUGAGCUCAUAGAGCUGAGGGACCUCACGUUGGUUGAUGGCAUCGAGUUGGCCCCCCCUCCCCCUGCUCCAACGGCCCCUCGGACGCCAAGGCAGGGUCGGGCGGCAGAGCGUCCGAUUUUGGGUGCGGUGGUGCGGCUCGUGGGGGACACUGUGAGGGUGGAGGAGCCAGCCAGCCUCAGUGGACAGCCAGGAGAGGGUCAUGACUUCCAGCCUUGCAGUCAAGCGCACCUGUCCUGGUGCGACGUGUGUGGAGAGUUCAUCUGGGGCCUCUACAAACAGAGUUUACGCUGCGUCAAUUGCAAGUACACUUGUCAUCACCGUUGCCUGCCCUUCAUACAGCUGGACUGCUGUCAUAGCAGUGCCUUCUUUGACCAAUCUGACAUCUUUGAGGAGACCAUAGAAACAGACACAAAUGUGGAUGAGCAGAUUGACUGGGGGAAACAGGAGCUGACUGCCAGUGAAAUUCAGAAGAAGGUGAAGGAGUACAAUGCUCAAAUCAACGGCAACCUCUUCAUGGUCCUUAAUCGAGAUGGCUCGUACACAGGAUUCAUUAAGGUCCAGUUUAAGCUGUCCAGGCCUGUGUCUUUGCCGCCACCCCGCCGCAGCUGCUCCAGCCAGGAUGGCUCUUGGCAGGACAGCACAGGAACACAGCGGCGAACGUCCUUCUAUCUGCCCAAGGAUGCAGCCAAGCACCUCCACAUCAGCUCCCACACACGUGCCCGUGAGGUUAUUGAAGCUCUGCUGAACAAGUUCACAGUGGUGGAUAAUCCCGCUAAAUUCGCCCUGUUUGAGCGCAUAGAACGACAGAACCAAGUCUACUUACGUAAACUACCUGACGACGAAUGCCCUCUUCAGUUACGUUUGUGUGCGGGGCCCAGUGAGAAAUCCCUGAGUCUGGUGCUCAGAGAAAAUGAGACUGGAGAGGUCAACUGGGAUGCCUUCACCAUGCCCGAGCUUCACAACUUCCUGAGGAUCCUGCAGCGAGAGGAGGAGGCGCACAUACGUCAGAUCGUCCGGCGGCACACCUUGGCCCGUGAGAGAAUGAAGGAGGCGCUGACCAAAAUCACAGCACCAGGAUGAGGAUGGUGCCAGUGUAUACCCCAGCAUGCUGUACAUGGAAGGCAUCCAGUGGUGUUGGCUGUGUGAAGCGGUCUGCCCCAAAAGACUGAGACUAUAUCUGAGUAUAAAAACACAGACUAGAAUAGUAGCAGAAGAGUGCAGAACACGAGAACAAAAGAGAAGACCAUAUGAACUAAGUAGGUGCAUAAUGCAAAGCCCUGUUGAUGGUGGCUGAUUGUAUCAGAGAAGCUGUUGGAGUGCUGCUGGCUACUGGAGGGACUAUAUGCUGUUUGUUUUUUGUAAAUAGUGAAUGUUAACGAAACAAUUCACCGUCUUAGCACUGUGCUGGAAACUCCAGACAGAGAAGUUUCACUUGGAAAAUGUGAAAAGUUGGAAGUUGCACUGUGAACAAGAUUAAAUUGUUUAGAUUACAGACUAUUUAAAUACAUUUUGUUUAGGUUUAUUUAAUUUCCCUAUUAAUGUGAUAGCUAUGAUAUUGCCUCUAGUAUGAUAAGCUAUUAUUUUGGCCUAAGGAUAAUAAAACAAUAGUUUUAAUUCAGUGGUUCUUAAACUGGGGGUCGCUAGAAAUGUGUUAGGGGUCACGAAAUGAUUUGCAUUUGGUUUUUACACCAACAUGUUUAAAAACUGGGAUAUUCAGGAGCCCUAGAUAGGCUUCCAAUACACAGUGUUUGCAUAAUGUUCUUUUGAAAGUGGAUGUUCUGUUUAUACAAACUCAAGCUUACCAGCGACAGAAUACCAUGCAGCCUUUUUUCACCACAGGAGCACCAGAUGUACAUUGGAUGAGCACUCAUCCUUUGGAAAACAAUGAAUCAGAUUGUCAAAGCCAGUGACAUGAAUGCCUUUGGUGUUGACAGAGCGACCUACGAGACAAGACCAUUUCUGCCUCCAUAACAUUUUCCAAACAAAUGCACAUUUCGCCACUCGAGUGGGGUCAUGAGACUUGGUCAAUGUUUUUUGGGGGUCACCAGACAAGAAGUUUAAGAGCCACUGGUUUAAUUUAUCAAUUUACAAAUGGAUAUUUAAAGUAAUAUAUAAUUGAUUCGGUUUUUUUGUGUGUUCAAACAAAGCAUUUUUAA